GGACACAGCAGGUCAAGAAAGAUUCAACAGCAUUACCUCAGCUUAUUACAGAAGUGCCAAGGGAAUAAUAUUGGUAUAUGACAUCACAAAGAAGGAGACAUUUGAUGAUUUGCCAAAAUGGAUGAAAAUGAUUGAUAAGUAUGCCUCCGAAGAUGCAGAGUUACUAUUGGUUGGAAAUAAGUUAGACUGUGAAGUGGACAGAGAGAUUAGUCGGCAACAAGGAGAAAAAUUUGCUCAGCAGAUAACUGGGAUGCGUUUUUGUGAAGCUAGUGCCAAGGAUAAUUUUAAUGUGGAUGAAAUAUUUUUAAAACUAGUUGAUGACAUUUUAAAAAAGAUGCCCUUGGAUGUAAUAAGAAACGAAUUGUCCAACAGCAUCCUGUCCCUACAACCAGAACCAGAGAUUCCACCAGAACUGCCUCCUCCAAGACCUCAUGUCCGUUGUUGCUGACUUGCUAUUGCUUGCCCCAGAGUGGAAAAAAAAGGGGGGAGCUGUUUCAUUCUGUACUACAAUCAUAUGGCAGUUGUUUGUUGCACUUUGAUUCAGAGUCAGAAUUACACACUAAUUUGUAAAUAUGCAGAUAUGCAAACUAGAUAAGAUAAGGCUGUAACUGGUUAAGUAUUGCUCUUUCCACACCUUUUUUCACUUCUCUUUCUCAGCCCUAUAAAUAUUGUACAAUUUGGUGGGAAACAGUACAGUACUCCCAAACCUAGGAUAUAAGAAAUUAAAUGCAUACUCAAUUAUUCUCAACAUAAACGUUGUAAUAGUCCUCAAUAUAGUCCUCAAUAAACAGAAUCUCUUAGUAUGUGGUGCUUUGAUAGCUUUUUUAAAGAAAAUGUUUUAAAUUCAACUCGACAUACGUAAAGCUUUCUAAAGCAGCAUUAUCCCUUAUAAAUUCAAAUAAAUUGCUGGUAAAACACUUAUGUAUAUGAUAAUUCAGAAGUAAGUUCUUGGUCACUGGGCUCACGGGUUUAUUCUAGGUUAGGGAUCGAUAGGUUUGAGUGCAACCCAUCAAGUAUCAUAGUAGGCCUCCAAUCAUUUCAACAGGUGAUUUCAGGCAGGUACUACAGAAGUGAAGAGGGGUUGUAGAGCAGAAGGAUUGAAUUCUGAACACACAGGCAAAUAGUGUCAGCAGGAUUUCUUUAUUUAUUAACUUUCACCCUAGACCAUUUGUUUGUGUAUACCAAGGCACUGUGUUCUGUGUAGUUUUUAAAGGAUGAAUUGGCACUUUGACCAAACAUAAAUUAAUGAGCAGUCAAAUACUGUAUAAAGCAGAAAAAUAUUUGCAAAUUAUUUUUUAAAAAAGGUUUAAGAGUUAUUUCUUCUGUCAUAGAUAAAUUCUUUUCAAGUUAUUUUUAAACCAUUUCCUAUGUUAUAAGGAAUAAUGUAUGUUUAUUUGUCUGAAAUAAAUUGGAGGUGAGAUAUAUGUGUGUGUGUGUGUAUGUAUGUAUG